CGCUUGUGAAAAGUUCUGCUCAAGUCUUGGCUAUUGAACAGCGAAAAUCGCAGGUCUCUAUCUCAUUCCUAUCAAAAGUUAUUCAAAAAGCAACCGAGUGCCAACCAUUUUGAAACGGAGAGUAGUUUUUAUUGUAAAAACAAUUUUCUCUUCUUUUUACCGUUUUUAUUAUCAUUUUGAAUAUUUUAUAUUUUAUAUAUUUUAUAUUUUUAAAUAGAAAAACAACAGUCGCCAGCAUGUGAAACAACGAUAGAUGAAAAUGUUCAAGGUUCUAAUAACAGCUGUAUCUCAGAAGAUGAGAACGCAAUGGAAGUUGAAAAUCAGAUAAAGAAUACCGGUUAUGACGAAGAGUCUGAAACGGAGAAAUAUUUCAAAGAUACUGAUGUAAACACCAACGAUCGUAAUACCUCAACUAACGAUGAUAAUAAUAGUGAUACAGAUACAAUAUUGUCUGACUUAGAUGAACAAGAAGCAGCACUGGAAAAUGAAAAUGAUGUUUUAUAUGAAUGUGGGACAUUAACUUUGUGUGAAGGUUAUAAAGCGAUUAGAACCUUCGUAAUCAAAUGUAAUUUGGCAUUCACGCAAGUUUUGUUAUUGAUAUCACUCUUGUUCUAUUUAUUACCAAAUGGUCAUAAAUUAAAAAGAUUGUGUAUUGUCAAUUCUCUUCGAAAAAGAGAAGAUUUCAUAUAUGAAACGGUAUGUGUUUUUUGUCAUGAAUCAAUUGACCCAUUGAUAGGUGAUUGUCAACUGAAUUGUCCAUUAAACGCGUUUAUCGUGUAUUGUAACAAGAAAUCUGGAGUUAAUUAUCCAAAACGAGCGCAUGUUUUAUUGCCGAACGAUAUGAUUAACGGUUUAGUAUAUAAACAAUUACAUAUAAAUGUGAAACAUAAUCCGCUGACAUUGAUGCUUCAUGCUGAUGGUAUGAAUAUCAUUACUACAAAACUAAAAAAAUUCUAUGUUGUAUCCGCUACUAUCGUCGAAUUACCUCCACCGCUACGAGAAUAUUCCAGAAAUAAAUUACUUCUCCAUCUUUAUUUAUCCGACAACGAACCAACAGCAGCAGUAUUAUUUGAUCGUUUAACAUCUAAUAUAAAAGAAUUCAUUAAUCGUGAUCAUCUGAAUAUCAUGAAUCACAAGUUUCAGUUAAGAUUUCAAGGAUUAAAGGCGGAUUUACCUUGCAGAGCCUUAUGUUUGUGCUUGAAGCAGCAUAAUGGAUACUACGCCUGCAGUAAUUGUUUACAGCGUGGCGAAGUGUUAGGCGACGGUAACACCAUCGUUUAUUAUCCAUAUGAAAGAAAUCAACUACCGCGUACACAUCUGCAAUUUACGUCUGCGUGUACUCAAGCGCAGUUAAAUAAUGGUGCAUUGUCUAUCGAAGGUUUAUUUGGAAAAACACCACUUCUAGAUUUAUCAUUUGACAUACGAUCAAAUUUUUCGUUCGAUUAUAUGCACUUGUCAAAAAGAAAUGCCAGCGCAAUAAGUAAACAAGCAGACAUAAUUCUGAAAGAAAAUACUUCACCAUCUCAACAACAAUCACAAGCUACAACGACAACAGUAACAUUGCCAUCAAUCAAGAAAGAACCGAAUAUACAUGCAUCAAAAAUAUCAAAUAUUCAAGGUUGA